AUGGAUCAACUCCCCACAGUCCUCGAGAUCCUGGGGGCUUCCUCGCCGGCUCUGUUGCGAUUUGAUGUGGGAGCCCCGAGGCCACGCUACAUCGGCAGUGCUUCUGAGUUGGAGCAGAAGGAGGAUGGUUCCUGGAUCCUGAGUUUGCCCGGGGACGCCUUCGUGGGUCGCGAAGCGACGCCCGAGGCGUGCCAAUGGUUCCGGAACACAACUGAAGAGGAG